AUGGUUUGCAAAGAGCAAAAAGGAGAUGACAUGGUUUCUUUAGAAUCCACAAUCAAAAAUGUCUCCCCAACAAAAUCCCAUAUGCUUAUUACGGUAUUGGUUUCAAUGGCCAUCUUAUUAGGGUUUUUGUUUGGAAGCUUCAUCUACAUGUCUAGGAACUAUGGUCCAGAAUCAAAACCCUUUUUGCUGCGUUUGCAAUCCAUCGAUGCAUCAAAUUUCGACAUCUCGAGCUCUCCAUUGCUUGCGAAAUGGAACGUGGAGUUAGGGAUAGAGAAUCGAAAAGAAAAUCUCAAAAUCAAUGUAGACGAAGUUACAAGUUUGUUGUAUUAUAAAGAUCAUGAAAUCUCAUGUGCUUUGGUGAUGAUGCCCUUUAAAGUUUUGAGCCAAAAACAAAGAUCUAUUGAGCUUCAUUUUGACAGAAAAGCUUGUGGAGAAGAGCAACCCUUUUUAGAUGAUGGAGUGCUUAACGAGUUACUCGAGGAGAGAAGGAAAGGGAAGAUAAUGUUAACGUUGAAAAUGGAGAUGGAAGUAGCAUUUGAUAUGCUUAGAUCGUCAUGGUCAUGGCAGGGAAGGCUUAAACUUUAUUGUCCGCCUAUGGAGGUUGAGUUUGAGAUUGGGAAAGGGGAGGGGAAGCUGGCUAAUGAUACACAAAUUCCAAUUACUUGCACUGUGUUAUAA